UAUAAAACCCCCCGGGGCCUCGCCUUAUAGAUCUUACUUGGAGCUGCGGCCAUCUUCACCGAAGCAAAGCAAUCACCGAAACCUUUUCCAUGGAUCCUCAUCUAAGCGCCCCGCUCUCCAUGGGCACGACGAUCAUCGGCGUCACCUACGACGGUGGUGUUGUCCUCGGCGCCGAUUCACGGACCAGUACAGGGAUGUAUGUCGCUAACCGUGCAUCGGAUAAGAUCACGCAACUCACUGACAACGUUUAUGUGUGCCGCUCUGGAUCGGCUGCUGAUUCUCAAAUCGUAUCUGAUUAUGUUCGCUAUUUUCUCAAUCAACAUACGAUUCAACUCGGACAGCCUGCUACAGUCAAAGUUGCGGCCAAUUUACUUAGGUUGUUUUCAUAUCAGAACAAGAAUAUGUUGCAAACUGGCCUUAUUGUUGGUGGUUGGGAUAAAUAUGGAGGAGGACAAAUUUACUCUAUUCCCCUUGGAGGAACAAUUUUGAAACAACCCUUCACCAUUGGAGGUUCUGGUUCCAGGUUCUGGUUCCAGUUAUCUGUAAGUUAUCUGUAUGGAUUUUUUGAUCAAGCAUGGAAGGAAGGGAUGACCAAAGAUGAAGCUGAGAAAUUGGUGGUGAAGGCCGUCUCUCUUGCCAUUGCUCGUGAUGGUGCCAGUGGAGGUGUUGUUCGUACUGUUAUUGUGAAUGGUGAAGGAGUGACGAGGAACUUCUACAGUGGGGACUCGCUUCCACUAUGGCACGAAGAGUUAGAACCUCAUAACUCUUUGCUUGAUAUACUCUCAUCUGCUGCCGCCGGCCCUGAGCCAAUGAUCAUAUAAUAAAUACUCAUUGCCUUUCCGUGCCAAAUUUAAUUAUUUUCAAACAUCCGUUUUUAUUGUUUUAGUCUGCUUUAAUUUAAACAGCCAUUUAGCAACCAAUCGGUAACUAUAAACAGCUUAAUUGUCUCCCAUGAAUAGCAUGAGGUUUUUAAUGGUUUAUUCUGUUAAA